AUGGGUUGGAGCCCUACUUCAACGGCCAUUGCUAACACUGAAAAGCUAAUCAAUUUAGCAUCAUGUAUGACGAACGAAGCAAAUAAAGAGGCAAAUGACCUUAUGGCAAGGCUCGUCGAGACAGAGGUAGAUCUUCCUUGCUUACUUUUAGAAGCUUUUCUCUCCGAUGGACCCUACAGUACAUACGCCGGCGCGCUCUUUAAAGCGUGCAUUCGUCAGUCGUAUAGCUAUAUUAUAUCGCAAGGGCGGCAGGAUAUUGCGUCCUAUCUCUUUCUGCGAUUAGUAGACAGCCUGCAAUCUAGUUCAUCUAGAGCAUAUAAUUCACAGUCAAUUCUCGCGAAUAUGAUAAGUGCAUUAGUUUGUCAUGAACGUGUGGGAUUCAUUUGGCCGGAACUAGAGCAGGCACUGAUAGAGGCAGUGACUUCCAUGCAAGCCACAUACGUGUCAUCUCUCUCUUGCAAGAAUCUCAAUCCUAAAUCUCUCGCUCCAUUUAUGUGUACUUCUUUGCUGAUACAGAAUAUUACCGACGAUUCCAUUAAGAUUCUUAAGGACUGCAAAGGUUUGUCGGCUGCCAUUGAGAUGAUGGUUUCGACGGUAUUAACCGAUACUGUUACCACUUUUUUAGUUACUAAAGUCUCUAUAGAUGCAAAUCCCCUCAUGUUUGCUGCUUUCAGUCCAGUGUUACGGUUUUAUAAGGGUGUUUUGACAGAGCCUAUCUCUCCCCAGUUUAGUGAUGACACUGCGCUCAUUUCGCGAGUCUUCAUCCUCAUAGAGCGCCUCUGUCCGUUAGCCAUUCAUUCAGAUUGGGAUCUUCUCCAGGCUGCACUCGAAGUUGUUAUCCGAAGCAUUACCGUGACGCCAGAACUGUACUAUCAGAAUACGGACUUCUUCUCUAAUGUUCUGGAACUUCUAAUAUAUAUGACCAAAGAGCUUUACGAGCUAGAGAACGUUGGAGAGAAACUUGAGGCACAAGUACAGUAUCUUGGGGUUAAGCUCCGCGGCGAAGGGACAGGUGUGGCGCGGCUAGUAAUGGAGGUGUGGCACCUUUUCGUUAGCGAUUCCAAUUUUUAUUCUGUUCUGCGUAAUCACAUUACCCUUCAUCUGAUAGAUCCCCUGCUUGCUGCGUGCAUUCUUCAAGAAGAUGAGCUUCUCUUUUUAAAAUCUUCAGCUGCAGUGGCUACAAGAGACAUAGGACAAAUUUCAGAUCUACUAGGACCGUGGACUAAUCGUAAACACGCCUUGCUCCUCUUAGACAUACUCUGUGGAAUACGAAGGGAUUGUACUGACCUAGUUAUACAGGGAUGCACCCGAAUGCUGUCAUCAUGUGACAUAUCCAUCAUCGAAGCGGCCAUAACGAUUCUUGCAUAUGUUUCGUCUCAUGUCAAGAAGGAAGCCAUUACUACCAUUUUAAUACAGAUCAAAGCUACAGUCCUGGACACGUUCUAUACGGAUUAUCCUGAGCCUUUUCUACUCGACCAUUCUACGGGGAGCGUAUCAUUUAAUCAGCAGUUCUCUGUAGCCAUGGAGGCUUCGUAUCGCUCUUUCAGCGCUACUGAAAACCAUAGCCAGCUUUUAGGUGCCCCAGCAAGAGGGGAGAGGGUCUCUCUAUUUCUGUCUAUCAUAGUUUCUCAUAGUGUAUACACCAUUUCAAAAUACAUCGAAUUGUUUGACAGCUCCUCAAUUACAUGUAUCCUAGCAUCUUUUCUUAAGGUCCUUGUGUUCUCUUCAGACAUCAGAACAAGGUACUAUGCGAUCGGAGCCAUUGGGACAAUAAUUGAUAUCGCACUUGUAUCUUCUGAUAGCUCUGCUGCCGAUUCAGCUCAAUUUGUACCGUCAGGAGAAGCUAUUACAGUGUCCUAUAUAGAUCGAAUUGUCUACGAGGGUGUUCUGAAUAUAGUGUGUGGGCUUCUACUACUGGACGUACGAGCAAACAGAGUUGUUCCCACAGAGCUUAACUUUCUAAUUGAUGUAGUGAUCUCCUGCUUGAUGGCCGAUUCCGGAAAAGAAACGUCCAUAGUUAUGGCAGGCGUGGCAGAGUAUGACAUAUCAGGACUUGGACGCUCUUCUCUAUGCACAACCUCUGUCAUGGAGGCUUUAGCUGAGGUCUUUUCUACGUUACUUCCUUCCUAUCUUCCUCACGUUGUUCGCGCAAUAACCACCUUGUCUGAUAGUAACGACUCUGAUGAGCGCAUAUGCUUGGCAUUUAGUAAUCUGAAUGAUGCCAUAUCAUCACUGCUUGGGGACUUGAUCCAUCCAGGUAUUGGGCCUCAGACAGAGAAGCUGCAAAAGACCAUACAUUCUCACCUCAUUCCUACCUACAUUGACAGCGUAAUCAGAGGACUUAUGCUUUGCAUGGAUCAGGUGGAAAAUCCAAUUCUUUGGCCCGACGUGUCACUGAUGGAAAGUCUUAUUUCGUUUAUCAAUGAUGCUUUAUUGACUGGAAAUAGCACGGCUAUGAUGAUUCUAAAUUACAACAAUCAGUCACUUGUUCCUGCACUCAUUCAAACUGCUGCUAUUUUUGUAGGCACAACUCUGCAAGCGGAGAUGUUCGGGAUAUUGGGAGAAAUUGUCAGGGAAUAUCCAGAGCAUAUUUUCGUGCACCGUGAAUAUUCAUCUGCGUUACUAGAUUGUUUGUUUAAUGUGAUUCAGAGCCCUUUUGAACCGAAAGCGCAGAACAACGCGACUUGGUUAUUUAGCACACUUAUUGCAAGCCCACAACUGAGUGUAUCCAUUGGUGUACACGCAUAUAUGACUCUUUACUGUGGCACAGCAUCUGGAGACCUAGGGUCGUAUUUAGCAGCACUGCCUCAGUACUGUGAAACACCAAAAGAGAUACUGAUACUUUCAGACACUGCACAACUAUCUGGUGAGCAUUUCCAAAAUUACGCGCAGCUCCUUCUCGAACUGAUUCAAGAAGAGCGAGCAACAAAAGAUGUUUUGAUCAAUGCAUCUGUUGCUUUGCUGAAAUGGGUGCGAAUCUAUCUACUUAUGGGACGAGUGGUUCCUUUUCUGGACUGUCGCCUUUUACAGAUGGUUGCUGAAAAUCUGGAUAUAAUAGUCCUUCAGGUGUGCAGAAGCGAUGACGUGGAUGACCGAGAUUGCUGCUUUAUAGCUAUUCUUAUGGUUGCGCUUUGUAUGCCAGAUGUAGCUGCUGAGGCUAGCACGGAGAUAUGCUGUUCUUUGAUGGAAACCGUAAAGAUGUGCCCUAUAAACAACGAGGAAUUUGAUGCCCUUUUGAACGACGUUUUGCGAGCCAAUAUAAUAGUUGGGCUAAACAGGGAUGCUCUAGAUAAGUGCAUUAAUUCAUAG